AUGUCAAUUCAAAUUACCCCAACUCGAGAUUUAAAAACUAUUACAGAUGAGUUACAAACACUUUCUUCAUACAUCUUUCACACAAACAUCGCUGAUGAUUUGAACUCUUUACUUACAUGGAUGAGCCCUAACGAUCCUAAGAGUAACCAUCAACUACGCCCCCCUAGUCUUCGUAUUAAAAAUAUCAUCAAGGUUCUCUUUCCUAAUAACGCAUCCACCUCCCCAUAUAGUGUGAUAAACACUAGCCAAACAAACAAUUCAAUAGUUAAUGAGGGAAAUACAAACAAAGAGUUACAACUACAGCUUUUAUCCACGCUUAAAGAGUAUUAUAUUUUCCAAGUUCGUUAUCAUUUUUUCUUACAUUUUGAUAACAUCAAUUAUUUAAAAGAUAUUCAACGAUGGGAAAAUUAUUAUGAGUUUCCCUUACGUUACGUUCCUAUCUUUGAGGUACAUGUGAACGGUUGGGCACUUGAACUUAAUUCUUUAAGACAUUAUUUGUUGAAUAGAAAUAUAAGGUUCAAGAGUAAUUUAAGAACAAGAUUGGAUAAAUUAAUAAUGGAUGAUGAUUUUGACCUAGCAAGCAAUUUAAUCCAGUGGCUCAACUCUGCUGACGGUUCGUUAUCCUCUAUGGAAUUGAUAGUUAAUGCUCUUUACAACAAAAUCAAUAAAUUCUGUGAAGAUAACAUGAGUGGAGUAUGGAAUAAAAGGUUUAUGAUUAUGGAAACAUUCAAUAAAUUUAUCAAUCAGUACUGGUCCCAAUUCUCUAAAUUAGUCGGCUGUCCAGAGGAUGAUCACGAACUAACCACUACAGUUUUCAACUGUUUUGAAUCGAACUUCCUUAGGAUAAGAACGAAGGAAAUCUUUGAUAUAUGCGUUUUGGCUUAUCCUGAUUCAAAGGUUACUUUAUUGGAGUUGAAGAAAAUUAUGAAAGACUUCAAGGAUUAUACAAAUAUCGUGACAACAUUUUUGUCCGAUUUCAAGAAAUACAUUCUAAACCCCAGCAUAACUACGGUGGAUGCUUUGUUGAGAUAUGUUAAAACUAUUAAAGCAUUUUUGGUCUUGAAUCCAACAGGAAGAUGCCUGCACUCAAUAACAACGUUUGUCAAACCUUAUUUUCAAGAGCGGAAGCACUUAGUAAACGUAUUGUUAUAUGCAAUGUUGGACUUACCUGAAGAAGAACUAAAGGAGAAAAUUAAUUUCAAAGUAGAUAUGAAGGCAUUGCUCUCACUUGUAGACACCUUACACGAUUCUGAUAUCAACCAAGAUACGAACAUCAUGAAAAGGGAUAUGAAUAAAAAAAGCCCCUUUCUAUGGAAUCUCAAGAUGAAAGGAAAGAGGGAACCGAAUGGGGUUUCUACGACAAGACACACCAUGAUAUACGAACAUAUACUCAAUUAUUAUUUGACUUGGGUACCGGAGCCUAAUGAUAUGAUUCCUGGUAGCGCUAAAUCAAGUUAUAUUAAGACAAAUUUGUUUGAAAUACUUUUAGACCUUUUUGAAUCCAGAGAAUUUUUUAUAUCUGAAUUUCGAAAUCUCUUGACCGAUAGAUUAUUCACUUUGAAGUUUUACAGAUUGGAUGACAAAUGGACCCAAUGUUUGAAGCUAAUAAGGGAAAAAAUAGUUAAAUUCACAGAGAGAAGUCAUGCCAAUUACAUAACAAACGGUAUAUUAGGACUACCGGAAACAACAGCCCCUGUAGCGGAUGCAGAUCAAUCGAAUCUAAAUAGCAUUGAUGUCAUGCUCUGGGAUAUUAAGUGUAGCGAGGAGCUGUGCCGUAAAAUGCAUGAAGUGGCCGGAUUAGACCCACUAAUAUUCCCAAAAUUUAUUUCACUGUUAUACUGGAAAUACAAUUGUGAUACGCAAAGUUCUAGUGACCUAGCAUUCCAUCUACCAAUAGAUUUAGAAAAGGAACUACAAAAAUAUUCUGAUAUAUACUCACAGUUGAAACCUGGACGCAAGUUACAACUAUGCAAAGAUCAAGGAAAAGUAGAAAUAGAGUUAGCCUUCAAAGAUGGCAGGAGAUUAGUUUUGGACGUUUCUUUAGAACAAUGCAGCGUAAUAAAUCAGUUUCAUUCCACAAAUGAUGAACCACUUUGUCUAUCAUUGGAGCAGCUCUCUGAGUCGCUAAAUAUCUCUUCUCCAAGGCUUAUUCAUCUGUUAAAUUUCUGGAUUCAAAAAGGUGUGCUUUCGAAUGAGAAAGAAAUUUAUUCCGUUAUUGAAUAUUGCGACACAGAUUUUGACCAAGCACAAAAGAUCAUCCCAAUGGAGAUUGAGAACAAUAAUCAGGAAUCACAUGACGAUUCUGAGGUAGAUAGGAAAUAUGAAUUAACACUGCAAAGAAGUUUACCAUUCAUCGAAGGAAUGCUGGCUAAUUUAGGUGCCAUGAAACUUCAUAAGAUCCAUUCUUUUUUGAAAACUACGGUACCAAAAGAUUGGGGAUAUAACCGAAUCACCCUUCAAGAAUUAGAAAAAUAUUUAAGUACUCUAGCAGAUGAAGGUAGGCUGAAAUACAUCGCCAAUGGAUCAUACGAAGUAGUGAAAAAUGAGCAUAAAAACUGA